CAGACUUAUCGAGUGCGCGCUCACGGAGUGUGCGUGCCAAUGGACAGAAGAGAUCGCAUCUGCCGUGAGCGCGCAGCGGGAGGCGCAGGUCAGAGAAACACGGUCGGACAAUAUCCAAAACUCAUCCUAAGCAAUCCAGGUCGGAUGUUUACCAUGAGACCAUCAGAAGAAACUCGGGAGUAAACGAAUCAGCUGGAAUUAUUCAUUUUUUCCAUUUUUCUUUAUCACAUGACCCCAGUUUAGUUUUUUUCUCAAUUUUAAUUUUGAUGUCUAGGACUAUAAAGCAUUUAAAAAAAAAAAAAAUUCCAUUCACUUAAACGCCCCCCCUUUAUGUUCCUCCCGCUGUUAGUCGAAAUCGACCGUUGCGGACUGAUGGACGUGUUGUGGAGACUAGGAAUCGUGCUGGUCAUGACCUGGGGUCCCACGGGUGGCGAGACCCACGAGCCGCGGCAGGAUUCUUCUCCGCGCACCGCGAUGCUUAGAGCGCCCGUGGAAACGUUGGACUUUGGGUUCGUGCCGUCGGUGGUGUACGAAACGCACGCCUAUUAUGAACCGGGUGCCAUCGGUGUUCUUUUCCACAUGGUCCACGCGUUUCUGUACGUGGUUCAACCCAACCCUUUUCCUAAAGAUCUCAUUGUUAACGUUAUGCAGCAGAACAAGGGAGGACUCAAACUGGAGGACUUAAAGAAGCCAGAGAAUGUUGUAUUAUUACUACAGUCGAUCUACUACGAGAUUGGCUUUAUAGUCCUGACAGUAGUGGGGCUGUUGUUUGUGAUGUUGAUGCCAAUGGUGGGGCUGUGUCUCUGUGUGUGCCGCUGCUGUGAGAACUGUGGUGGUGAAAUGCAUCAAAGACAUAAGAAGAACGCAGACUGUCAGCGUGGCUUCUACAUGGUCACACUCAUAGCUACCUCCAUCUUCCUCGCAGCGGGAGUGGCAGUUGCCUACACAGCCAACCAGAACAUCACUUCUCAGAUUAAAAGCACCAGACGUUUUGUCAGCACCAACAUAAGAGACCUGAAAUCAUUUGCCAACUACACACCAGUUCAAAUAGACUAUCUUGCUGCGCAAUACACAACAGCCAAAAACAAAGUGUUAUCAGACUUAGACAAUAUCGGAACUCUGCUUGGUGGACGUGUUCAUUACCAGCUGGAAAGAGAAGUGGUACCGGCUUUAGACAACGCUCUUCGCAUGACAGGAGCCAUGCGGGAGACUAAAGAAGCUCUGGAGAGUGUGACAACGUCACUGGAGACCCUGCAGGAAGGGACGGACAAACUCCAGAACUCUCUCCAGUCUGAACGUGCUUCUCUCUCAAACACACUCAAUGACCCGGCCUGUUCCAACGGAGACGUAUCACACACUUGCAACACCAUCCGUGGAACUCUCGACCAGCUCGCUCUCAGCGCAAACUUUCAUGGGUUGCCUGAUGUUGAGGCCCAGUUGGGCAAUCUGGAUGCUGUUCUUAAAACAGACCUCAGCAAUAUUAUACAGAAGGGCUAUUCUUCCUUUAAUGACACACCAAGGUUAGUCAAGGAACAGACAAAAGGAAUUGUGUUAGUAGCUAAAGGGCUGCUGGAUAAAUCAGGUGUAGAGAUCAUUGGCUUCACAAAGAUGUUUCCUGUGGAACCAGCACUUGAGAACUUCACCAAGUUCCUGACGGACAGCCAGAAGAACAUUGAAGCCUUUUUCCCCCAGAUCGAGCAGAUAGACUUCUACAGGUGGAUUGGGUGUGUUGUGAUUUGCUGUAUGGUUGUUCUGAUCUUGGCCUUCAAUUUCCUGGGGCUGUUGUGUGGAUCAAGUGGCUACGAUAAAAACGCUACGCCAACCACACGUGGCUGUCUGUCCAACACCGGAGGAAAUCUGCUGAUGGCUUCUGUUGGCUUCAGCUUCAUCUUCUCCUGGGGGCUCAUGGGAGUUGUACUCACUACAUUUGUUGUCGGAGGAAACGUUGAGAAGCUUGUGUGUGAGCCACUGGCUAACAGUCAGCUGUUUAAGAUCAUAGAUACACCGUAUUUGGUCCAUCCUGCCAAAAAGAACUUUGUUCCUGGCAUGCUGUUUCAAAAUCCAAACAUCGAGCUCACCCUUGGUAGUAUAUACAGAGAUUGUCAUGAGAAUUAUGGUUUAUAUUCAGCACUACAACUGGAGACGAAUUUCAACUUUAACAGGUUUCUCAAUGUCACAGUGUAUAACCAGGAACUGGCUAAAAUAUUUAACAGUGUAAAUGUGGAUCUCCAAGGAAUAGUUCUCCUGGACCAGGAGGGCAAAGAUAACAUCAUCGGCUUUGCCAACACAGGCAUCGGGGAAAUCAACUAUCAGGCUUAUUUAACAGAGGUUAAUAAAGCAACAACAGUCGUGGAUCUCCUGUCUUAUGCCAAUGAACUUGAGGCUCAAGCAGACCUACUGCCACGAGGGGCUCUUGAGAAUGCAUUAAAGGGUCAUGCCAGCAGCAUCAAACAGAUCCACAAAGAACAAGUGGUGCCAAUGGAGCAGGCCAUGAGCACUCUAAGUCGGAGCAUCAGACUGCUUCAGACAUCAUCCAGAGAACUGCCUACUAAAGUGACAAAUGUACUGAGUGCCAUUGAGGCAGCAGAAUAUCUCAUCUCCAACAAUGCCUCACAUGUGGUCCGACAGGAGACUAAUAAAUUCAUAAAGAACAUUGUGGGCUAUUUUACACAAUACACGGAUUGGGUCAGGCACUCUCUGGAGAUGGAAGUGGCGCAAUGCAAACCCAUCGCAAACAUGGUGGACUCGCUGGAGAUUGUAGCAUGCAGCUUCAUUGUUGACUCAGUGAACACAUUCUGGUUUGGUCUGGGAGGAUGUUGUCUGUUUCUCAUUCCCAGCAUCAUUUUUUGUGUAAAACUCGCCAAAUUUUACCGCAGGAUGGACACUGAAGACGUCUUUGAUGAUAGUGUGGAUAUUAUUGUCAGUGAUUAUCAUAAUGAUCCCCUAUAUGGCAUAAACAACCCCGUGAUGAGCAGCUAUCCAUCCUAUGACACAAUGAGGUGGUAUUCCCACGCCUCUGCCCCCCCAAGACAGCCUGACUGGUGACACAUAUUCAAUUAUACAUUUUCACAUGCGAUAUACAGAUGUCACACACAUCUUACAGUGGUACAGAGAACUGGAACUAAAGAGAGGUUGAGGAAAAAGAAGACAAAAGGAGAAAAGGGAAAACACAGAAACUGAAAUUAGAAUUAUUUCAGUUUCUUACAAUAAAACUUACUCAUUCCUUAAGUGAAGAAUUUUAAGAAUAUGUGACUAGAAUUUAUUGUACAUGGAAACUUUACAUGGUGAUCUUUUUGUACACUUUCAAAAAGCUUUUGAAAGUUUUAUAUAUUUUUUGUUAAUGUUUUCUAUAACAUGUCUCUUAGCAAUAAUUGUGGGUACUGCUAGAAUUUUUUAGAUUUUUUAUUGCUCUUUAACAUGAUGUAAAAGGAGAAAGUAAGGCCUGUUUUGUUGGUCUAUGCACUGUUCUAUUGUAUAGUUAGUUUUCAUUCUUGGAGUCAAACCAAAAUGAUUCUGAAACUGCUAAAUGACUAAAUGUGAAUCAAACAAUACUAUUGUGUUUAUCUAAGUAAAAAGACUGUCAAAGCAGAUAACAAAGAAAUAUUUAAUGUAGAAAGUACUUUGUUGAAAAUUUGGUGAACAAUUUUACUUUUUUACAUUUUGUUGUUCAGUGAAUCCAUUAUUUAAUUCUUAAUUUCCUAGUAAGAUUUCUAUGUAUGUUAAAUGCAGUAAAAAAGUCUGAAAGGGGAAUUCACUAAGAAUGAAUUGCACCCGAUAAAGGUGUUUAUAUGCACAUUCUCUGUGCCAGUUUAACACCUGAAUCACUGUAAGAAUUAGGCAAAUAACACGAGGUAAGGCUGCAAACUGCCUUUAUUUGCAGGCUGCAUCGAGCAAAUAUGAAGUUGUGUAAAUAUAAGAAAAUAAGAAACAAAAAUAAGAAAAUCUGCAAUGAUCUAGUUUGCUUGGAAAAUGAAAACUGAAAGAUGACAGCCUAUUUUAAAAUUCAAGAUGCAGUACUAUUUCGGCGCUGUUUGCUGCUUUUUAAGCUGUUCAGUGAAUUGCUCCUUCAGAUUUCUGUAGAACUUGAUCUAAAGCCAAAGUCCUAAAAUACUGGUUUAUCUUAAAUGUUUGUAAUGUAAGUACCAUUAUAACACAAGAACAGGAUGAUACAACCCCACAAAACCCUUUGCACUGCUAAUGCAGUGCUAUGCCAGUUGAGCACAUACACUGAACAACAAUUAAACACUAUACCACUAAAACCAAAUUCUUAUAAUAGAUUGGAGUUAAUGUUAAGCAAAGUUUUUGUUUCUUGUCUUUUGAGUGUCUUACUGUAUUUAAUUAUUUCUUUCUUUGUCCACAUCAAUACAAGAAAAUAUUUGGCUGUGUUAGAUUUUGUCAAAUACACAGUGGUCAUAAAGUGUCACACUUCUCAUUUGUGAUGGAAAUGUAAAUGCACUUCCCAUGCUGUGUGUCAUUUUAUAUUCAUGUGUGUUUUGCAUUGAUAUAGUUCUCCAGGGUCUUGUUGUCACUCAUUACGAGGCUCUAAACACUUGUACCAUAUGUUUCACAUUUUACUUUGUGACACUAGUUUACAUGAGAUUGGAAGAUGGAAUCAAUGUGAAAGAUAUAAUAAAAACUCAGCUCAUGGUA